AUGAUAUUUUUUGUAUGGUCGCUUGUGUUAUCUGCAGUGCAGUUUGCACGACGUCAACGAUUAGUAUCAGUAUUAUCGGAGUAUUUCAUUUGGAAUCUUUCACAUAAUUCAGUACUUUUAUGUCGUAAAAUUCCUUGUUUUUCGUGUUCUUCAAGUAAAAAAAAAAGUUAUGAAAGAUUAACCGAUACAGUGGAUAUGCUAAGAAAGACAAGUAGUGAACCAUGUCUUCCAGGUGAACUUAUUGCAAGACCAAUUUAUCGUAAUGAAGAAAUGGAAUUUGUUGUUCAGUCAGAUGCUACACAAUUGGAUAUUGUGGACUGGAAUAUAUUUACUCCACCAAUUCAUGGUUCUAUUCCACGUGUUCAUUUUAUUGCUUUUUUGGAUAAGAAAACUGAUGAAUAUAACGAAACUUUGGAUGGUAUUACUGUUACCGAUUCAGUAGAUAUCAUCGAUGAACAAUCAAGCAUAAUCAAUAAUACGAUUUUCUCUUCCGGUUUACCAUCAGUUCUGGUUGGUAAUUUAUGUAAUAAAAUUGCUCAUCGACGAGGACGUCCAUGGGAAAUCCUUUAUGAAUGUACAUUAUAUGAUUUUUAUGAUAUUGCUUUUGCAUGGUCACAGAAUAUAUUAUUUGAUAUUGGUGGUAAAGCAGUGGUUAAAAUGAUGAAAGUGGUAACGUUGCCAGCGAAAUUUUUUCUUCAACUGGAUGAUAGUAACAGUUUACAAAGGUGUGUAUCACCUCCUCUUAGUUGUAAGUUUUAUUAUUAUUAUCAAUUUUUAAUUAAUUGUUUAUUUUUUGGUGGCGAAUGGGGUAUAAAUUCAUCACAUAAUAGUCUAUCACCAGAGCCACUUUCAUUACUGGAAUUACUUUAUGAACGAGAACAUAGUUGUAUGAUGGAUAAAGAUGAUUGCCGGAAUUUUUACGAUUCUUCAGUUUUAUCAUCGUUUCAUAAUAAUGAUUCAGCAUUACAUUAUGAUAAUCGGCAAGGAUUUCCUGCUCCAUCUAUAUUAUCAGUUGAUACUCCAAACAAUGACUACUUUGGAUGUGUUAGGAGAUCUAAUUUAUCGAGAUCGAGAGCAUGUUCUGUUUCACUUGAACGAACCAAAACAGUACUGAAUGAAGCUGCUUCAUUCUAUAUCAGAUAUCUCAAAGAGCAAAAUAAAAUGAACAAAAGUUAUUCAAAAAGUCAACAGUUUGGUUCAAAAACAAGAUUUGCUCGUGUUGAACAACACAUGUUGCAUUCAUCUGUGAAUUCAUUAUGUAAUCAGAAAAGAGAAUUGCGGGAAAUGGAUGGUCAUGCGAACUGUUUGCUGUCAAGAGUCUCGACUGAUGUCGUUCCGAAAGAAAUCAACGGUCAACUUUUCAUAGAUUACAGUUCAGUACACGUUGAUGAUGCUAAUACACCAGUUAAACUUACGAAAGACAAUGUUUGUAAUAUCGGAAAAUAUCAGUUUUCAAACGAGCUGAACCAUCCUUCUUCAGUCGAGCAGAAUUUAAUCUCGAAUAAAAUGGAUCAAACUCAACUCCAAUUGAAAGAUGAUCGCAUUACAUCAGAUCAGAUUAGUAGUUACCAAAAUCGAGUUCAAAUGAAACCUAGCCAGAUUUUGAUUCGAUCAGAUCAAGGAACAGCUAUUGGAAAAGUUGAAAAUCAAAAUACUUCAAAUGCUGGAUCUAUAGGUAAAACUGAGCGAAAGCAAUUUUCAAAAAGGAUUGUAAAUGCAAUUGCUUCCGAAAAAAACGAAUCAAAUUCAUCAACUUCGGUCAACGAGGGUGCAUGUAAAUUUUUAUCAGCAACAGAUUGUUAUAAUAUCUUUCCAACUUCUGCAUUGAUUCAAUCGCCAUCAUUAUUUCUGAGCUCGAAAGAACAAUCAGUAUUAUUGAGUAAAAAAAUGUUUCGAAUUUUUAACGGUUCUCAUUUGCAUACAGCAAAAGAUGGCGGAAAAAUUCUUACGAAACCUUUAAUGAUUUUGGUAUUUACUGGUGACAAUGAUGAUUUGUUUAAUCGUAUCUUAGAAACUCUAAAUACGAUGAUACCAUCUGAUACUCAUACUGUUUAUCAUUUAUCAUAUGAAGCAUUCUGUAAACAUCCAUGGAUUGGACAAAAUAUUGCAUGCUUGAUUGUAGCUGAUACAUCACAUUUGGAUGAUAAAUGUUGGAUUCGACUUCAGCAAUAUUUUAGUUGUUCAGGCAAAAUUCUCUUCCUAUGUCAAAAUAAGCUUUUGGCAAGUUUAUCGGCUUGUGACAAUUCAAAAAAGACUACUAAAUUGCUGAAGAUGGCAUUUGGUGAACGACAGUCAAAGAAACUUGGAAAAGAUUUUGAACAUUUUCUAAAGAAGACUUUAAAAAUGUUACAUAAGGAGAAAAAGGUAAAUCAAACAUUUCAUGCAAAAGAUCUUUUUGGUAGUUGUAAAUAUUCUGUUGUGCUAUAUAAAACUGAAGAUAGUCCAUUUUUGUUAUAUAUGGAAAAUGCAGCACAACGUGCUAGUGCACUGUUUAGUGAUGCAACAAGUGAGCAAUUACUUCAUUCCGGUUCAACACUUAUUGCUGAUGCUCUUUCACGUCUUUCUAUAAAAAUUACAACAAAUGUAGCAGUACCAUCACUCACACCUGGAUAUUUUAUUUGUGAAUAUGAUCGAAUGCCAUGGGAUAUGGAAGGUAUGCAUUUCAAUGAACCAUUCGGUAGCAAACCAAAACUAUUGCUCAAACAAAUCAACAAGCAUGGACCAUUACCAGAGGUUUCAAACAAGUUACUUCCGGUUGAAGUUCGAACACGGGCAGAACAUUUACAUGAUUUUGAUGAUGAAAUUUAUUUUAAGAGACUUAAAACUGUGAGACUUGGCAAAGCUUUACUUUACAUUCCAGUAUGUGAGACAACAAUGGAUAUUGGAAAGAGUUUGGCAUGUGCAAUGCCGGAAGAGCCUAUUGUGAUCGUUGCACGACAACAAAUCAAAGGAGCGGGUCGAUCAGGAAAUCAAUGGCUUAGUCCGGUUGGAUGUGCCAUGUUUACAGUUAAUUACAUGUUGUCACCUGAAUCGUCGCUUAAUAAUAAUAUUAGCAUUAUUCAGCAUAUUUUCUGUGUUGCAAUUGUCAGUGGCAUUUGUUCACUUCGAAAGGAAUUAGAGAAUUUUCCGUUGAAAAUUAAAUGGCCAAAUGAUCUUUAUUAUGGUCGAACAUGUAAACUAGGUGGUUUAAUUGUCAAUGCUACAACAAUUAAUGACAGAACUGUUUGUACAAUUGGUGCUGGAUUGAAUUUGUCUAACAGUAAGCCAACUGCCUGCAUUAAUGAUUUCUUACCUGCAGAUUUAAGGAUACGUCAAGAGGAUUACAUUGCUAAUACCCUAAAUAAGUUUCAAUAUUACAUUGAUUUAUAUGAAAAUGAGGGUGAGAAUGCAUUUUUGAAGCAUUAUUAUCGAUUUUGGCUACACAGUCGAGAAGAAGUAACUAUUUCGAAUACUAAUGAAAAAGCUGUAAUUCGUGGACUGGAUCGUCACGGAUUUUUGAAAGUUCGUAGUCGUCAAAGUGGAAAAAUGAUGAUUGUACAUCCGGAUGGCAACACUUUUGACAUGAUGAAAGGUCUCAUCACAGCUAAAUAUGUUUGA